CCCCCGACCGACCCCUCCUGCGCUCCCCGGGCACCCCCGGGGCUCCGUGCCGCGGCCCCGGCUGUCCCGGCCGCAUUCCUGUGCCCGCAGCCCGAUGGGAUCCCGUAAGCUGAUUACCCGCGGUUACAGAAGGUCACGGCUAUGAGAUGAUCGUGCCUUUUCCGUUCACCGCGCUAGAAAAAAAGACCUCGGGAUGUCCUCCUCCUGUUGCGGCGGGGUGCGGGGAGAAACUUCAGGAGCCGCUCGCGGUUUCGUGCUCGGGAAGAAGCUGAAAUCUCAGCUCGGAGCCUCGCGUGCUGGGCCGGGCAGCUGCCGGGGGAAAGCAGAGGGAGAGCACCGCUCCGCGGGCUGCACGGAGCCCGGCUCGCUGCCCUGCAGCCCCACGCACCUCUGCGCCUCCUGACUCCAGCGGGAGGUGCUUGGCCGUAGCAUCGCAGCAGCCCAGCCCUUGGGUCGCAGCGUGGGAGCCGCAAGGAGCAUCUUUCCCCUUCUGCUGCGCUCUCCCAGGGCAGGGCAGCCAACGCGUUCUCCUUUGGCUGUGCGGGGAAAUGAGAUCUCUGUGGCUCCCUGCGUGACCUGCUGGAGCUCCACGUGUGGGAUGUCGGGGCUGGGCACUGCUGUGUGCUUACAUCCAGCAGGGCUGAGCGUUCCCAGCUCCGCUUCCAUGGAACUUCUGCUCGGAGCAAGCAGGAGUGGCUGCGUGGGGAGAGUUUCCUGGGCUGUUAUCUGGGAUCUGGGGUAGUUUGAUGGCUAACGAGCAAAAGGCAUGCUGAAGAGUUAAAGGACAGCUCUUCACGUGGGUUUGUGGAAUGUGAGCUCUAUUUUUUGGACGUGGAAGGCUGGUCCUGUCCGUGCACCACAGUGUGGGCAUUGUGCUGUAAAAGGCCCUUGCAGGAGAAAAUUGGGUGCCCUUUUGCUGUGCUCUGCAUUUAAGCAGGGGACUGCUGCGGGCACCGCUGGUGGGACGGCCCAACUGCAGAAUGGGGCUGCCAGGACCUGCGUCAUGUUGGGCGUGAGGUUUUGGCCAGGCUCUGGAAAGGUGUUCUGGUGCCAGACUGAGGUUUGCUCUGUUUCUUCUUUUUCCCUCCUUGGCUUCACGCAGCUGCUUUUGGACGUGGUGACAGCAGCUGGUGGGGCUGGGUGGUGGUUGCCAGGAGUUGGCAAUGAGCCUUCCCUAAACUGGAGCACCAAAUUUGCUCUAAAUGUGUAUAUGUGAUAGCGUGGGGCUCAGGAGGGUUUAUUCUUACCAACAUAAGUCACUUUGUUCUGUCUUCUGACAGCUGAUGGGUGCUUUGGUGUAACCCUAAAACCAGCGUUAGAUCAUGGAUAUGUGUUCUUCAGCCUCGCUUUCUAUUUACUGUUGAGAAGUCCUCCCUUUUCUCCAGCAGGUUGGAACGUGUUGCCCAGAGAAGCUGUGGUACUCCAUCUCUGGUGACGCUCAAGGCCACGUUGGAUGGGGCCCUGGGCAACCUGAGCUGGUGGGAAGCAGCCUUACUUGUGGUAGAGGAUUGGAACUGCAUGAUCUUUAAGUUCCCCUCCUACCUGUGCCACUCUAUGAGGAAUGGGCUGUUGAUCCUGGUGGGGAAGAUCCCAAAGCACUCUCCCUGCAGCAGAGACACCUAGCACGCUGGGGUAGGGUCUGUGUUAUCCUCUGGGAGCUCGGGCAGUGCCUGUUCUGUGCAGGGUGGCUGGGUCCAGCUGGCACGCAGAGCCUCCCCUUCACUUCAGACAGGGCUGUGAGUUCUCUGCUCCGGCUGUUGGAAAGGAAGAGUCUCCCGGGUCUCUGCCUUCAGGCGCUGAGGUUUUGCAAAGAUGCUGAUCUCCUUAGUUUUCUUCUUCUUUUUGCCUCCUCCCCCCCAGCACCUCCUUCCCUCCCUCCUCUUCAACCCACAACCCCUUAUACAGAGGAAAUUCGAUAAUGUUUACAGUUAAGUGUGGGGAUGGGAACUCCUGAUAGCCAGGGGCUUUCUGCAUUUUUCUGAUUAUAUUUUGAGGCACCGGGACAAGAAACCACAUCUUGGCACGUCCUGGAAAGCGCUCCGUUGCAGAUGAAUGGCCCAAUUCAGCAUCCCAGUUGGGGUUAAUGAGCCAGCUCAGGGCCACGUGGAGGUUGUGCCCUGAUAGGAGGAAACCGAGCGGGACAGCAGGGAAGUGAUGGGCUUUAGGAGUUUGGGACGAGGUUUGAUCAGGAAUUGAGCAGAUCAGAAAUGGCAGCACCUUGCAGUGGCUGCUCUCUGCCUGCCCGGUCUCAGCAUCCAAUGCUGCUUGUGGCGUUUGGGUGGACAAACUGAGCCCCCUUGCCUGCCAGCUGAUAGCAGAGGUGAAAGGAGAAGUGCCACAUCCAGCGCUCCCUCCACAAGUCUCACUCACUUCUUCCUGCUGGCGUCUGUUGGGGAGAUGAGAUAGUUUAUGACUGUGCCUUUUUUUUUUUUUUUUUAAGCAUGAACUUCUGACUUUUACUGCUAUUUGCAUUUCAAGGAAAUGGUUGGGACUUGGUUCUCUACAUGGUGUACGUGCACACAGCCUCGGUGCUGGGUUUUCUCCCUAGGAGCAGCGGUCUGGCAGAAUGUGAUCACGGCACGUCCGUGCUGCAAGAGCUGUUGCAGAGUGGUUGUUUCUGCAUUUGGAAGCAAACAGGGAAAGCUGCCCUACACAUGCUUUCAUCCUGUUUGUUAGAAGUGCCACAGGCACAGAAGAAUAAGGCAGGAUGGAUGUGUACGACCCUCAGACGCUGGGUGUUGUGGUCUUUGGAGGCUUUAUGGUGAUAUCAGCCAUUGGGAUCUUCCUGGUGUCUACCUUCUCAAUGAAGGAGACUUCUUAUGAAGAAGCCUUGGCAAAGCAACGUAAGGAGCUUGAGAAGACCAACCAGCACAAAAUAGAGAAAAAGAAGAAGGAAAAACCUGUUGAGAAAAAAGGAAAAGCAAAGAAAAAGGAAGAAAAACCUAAUGGAAAGAUACCGGAGCAGCAAGUUACUCAGGAAGUGACUGACUCUUCCAAGGACGUGGUUGUUGAACCUGCUGUGGUGCCAGAGCCCAUUGCUGUUGAGUCUCCGAUCGCAGCGGUGUCAGUGCCUCCCCAGGAAAAGGAGAAACCUGCUCUGUCUCCUAAGGAAAAGAGGAAGAAAGAGAAGAAGGUGGCAAAGGUAGAACCUGCUCCUAGCCCAGCACUGGCGUCUCCUCCUGCCAGUGUUCCCAAAGGCUCUCCUGUCUUGGAGGUGACCCCUAAGGAGGUGCCUGUUGUGGCUGUGCCACCAGUUGGCACGCAGCAAAGUGCUCCGGUUGUCAGCUCCGUCCCCAUCAAAAAACCUGAGGCUCUUCCAACCCAUGAGGAGCAGAAGCAUGAUGGGCCUGUCAAGAAGAAGUCUGCAUCCAAGAAGAAGGCUGAACCAGCACCUGCUGACUCGGAUGGGCCCCUCUACCUGCCCUACAAGACGCUGGUGUCCACCAUCAGCAGCAUGGCAUUCAGCGAAGGAGAGGCCCAGCAGCUCAUCGAGAUCCUGACAGAGAGAGCAGGCAUCGUGCAGGACACCUGGCACACGGCUACGCAGAAGGGUGACCCAGUUGCUGUCCUGAAGCGCCAGCUGGAAGAGAAGGAGAAGCAGCUCACUGCUGAGCAGGAGGAUGCAGCUGCUGCCAGAAACAAGCUUCGGGAGUUGAGCAAGGAACUGGCAGCUGAGAAGGCCAAGGCGGCAGCCAGUGAGAGCAAGCUGAAGGAACAGCUGGUCACCCGUGAACGGGAGAUCACUGCUGUCCAGGCACGGAUGCAGGCGAGCUACCAGGACCACGUUAACGAAACGCAGCAGCUCCAGGGAAAGAUUCGGGCCCUGCAGGAACAGCUGGAGAACGGCCCCAACACACAGCUCGCUCGUCUGCAGCAGGAGAACUCCAUCCUGAGGGAUGCGCUCAACCAGGCUACCAGCCAGACAGAGAGCAAGCAAAACGCUGAGCUGGCCAAGUUACGGCAAGAAUGCAACAAGCUGAUGAAAGAGCUGUCUGAAAAAUCAGAGGUGCUACAGCAAGAGGAGCAGCAGAAAAAGAGCUGGGAGAUCAAAGCAGCAGCGUCAGAGAAGCAGAUUGAGCAGCUACAGACUUCCCAAAGAGAAAUGGAGGCGACGCUGCAGAAGAGAUUGGAUGAAGUAAGCGACGAGCUCCGCAAAACCCAGACCAGCUACAGGAGCCUGGUUGCAGAUGCAGAAAAGGCCAAAGGGCAGCAACAGAGCAUUGCUGAACUGCAGGCCAAGCUGCUGAGCUCUGAAACAGAGGUCAAAAGCAAAUUGCUGGAGCUGGACAGCUUGAAGGGGAAACUGCAGGAAGCCAGCUCAGAGAACACAAGGCUUCUGGAGAGAAUCAAAUCCAUCGAAGCUCUGCUGGAAGCAGGCCGGAUGAGGGAGGCAGAAGAAGACAGAGACCUGCAGGCAGCCAAUGAAGCAGAAAUGAAGCAGCUGCAGCUAAGGCUCCAGGAGAAAACGGACCAGCUCUUGUCCUUGGAAAGGGAAGCAGCAGAGCUGCGAGAGGCGAUGGAGCAACAGAAGACAAAAAACAACGACCUUCGUGAGAAGAACUGGAAAGCAGUGGAAGCAUUGACCACAGUGGAGAAGGCAUGCGAGGAAAAGCUACUUGCUGCUACAAAAGCAAAGGAGGAGUUGGCCCACCAGCUUGAUGUGCUCCAGACACGAACCAAAGAGACUCUGCUCUCUGCACUCCCAGAAGUCACUGUGUCACAGCAGGAUUAUGAGGCAUGGCUACAGGAGUUUAAGGAGAAGGCUGUGAAUGUGCUAAAGCAACACACAGUUAUGACAGAGCCUGUGGAUUCAGCACUUAAACUGAAAGAGGCAGAGGAAGCACAGAGCACUUUACAAGCAGAAUGCGAGCAGUACAGAGCUAUCCUUGCAGAGACAGAAGGAAUGCUGCGAGACCUGCAGAAGAGUGUGGAGGAGGAGGAGCAGGUGUGGAAAGCAAAGCUCACCGUCUCUGAAGAAGAACUCCAAAAGUCACAACUCCAGUUGAAAUCCCUUGAAGACAUGAUAGAGAAGUUGAAAGCAGAGCUGCAGAGCACUGACCAGCUAAAGGAAUACAUCUCUCUCCUGGAAGCGCAGCUGGAAAAUCACUUGCAGACAGCCAGCUCUGAACGCCAAAACUACACAAAAGAAGUUGAAGGCUUGAGACAGCUCUUAUCAGAGUCCCAAGAGCAGCUGGAGGCAGCGAAGACAGAAACGCAGAAGCAGAGCAAGGAGCUGGCCCUGGUCAGGCAGCAGCUGAGUGAGAUGAAGAGCCACGUGCAGGAUGGAGAAGUAGCGGGGUCACAAGCUGACCUGGGCGAUCCCACACCCUUUGAGUUGAAAAUGCAGCUGGAGCAGAAUGAGGCACUGAUGGAGAAGGAGCAAGAGCUGAGGCAAAAGCUGACGCGGGAGCUGGAGGAGGCACAAAGCUCAGCGUGCAGCUUGCAAGCAGAGCUGGAGAAGUUGAGACUGGCUGAAAAUGCAGCAGCUUCGGACAUGGAGGAGGCCCAGCAUCUCAAGGAAAGACUUGAAAAAGAAAAAAAGCUAACAAGGGACUUGGGCCAGGCAGCAACCAAACUACAGGAGCUACUGAAGGUUACCCAGGACCAACUGGCCAAAGAGAGAGAAACGGUGAAGAAGUUGAAAGAACAACUUCAUGAAAAGGGGGAAGAGGACAGUUCAAAGGAAGGGACUUCAGUUUGAUGAGUCUGUGACCUAGAACGUACCGUUCAACUUACCAAAAUGCCUUACACAUUCCUAAAACAAAAAUAUAUGCUGAGUUUAUUGUAGAUAAGAUACAAUACAAGCCAUUAGUGACCCAAAACCUAGUUUUGAAACUUAAGAAAAAAAGGAAAAAAAAAAAAAAACCAGAAAAAAAAAAAAGGUAAACAGUGCAGGCGUUCAUUUGUAAGAAAAUCUUCAUACUGUUUUGUACAACCAUUCGUUCCCCUGGGUGCUGCUCUGGCCAGGCUGAGGCCAGGACAUGACCCUCCUCGAACCCACGAAUGUGUGAAAAGGGAAGGCUGUGUUUGUACAUCAACUGGUGCAAUUAUUAUAUAUAUAAAUAUAUAUAGUAUUUUUUUCUUUUUUCUUUCUUUUUUUUUUUUUUUUUUUUUUUGAGUGAAAGAAGUGUGAAAGUAAGACCCACGAUGGAAGGAAGCCACUUGUUGAUGAGUGGCUCUGGGCUCGUAUCCUUCUGUGUAUUUUCUGGGUGUCGAUGCAAUUAAAAUGAUGUAGUGGA